AUGGCUCCACCGAGUCCACGAGUGGUGGUGAAGGUGGAUUUGAAGAAGAAGCCAUGGCAGCAGACUCAGCCACUGCAUAAUAGAUGGCAUCCUGAUAUUCCAUCAGUUGCAGAGGUUAAAAUUGGUGAGGUCUUUAGAGUGGAAAUGGUUGAUUGGACUGGAGGUGCAGUCAAAGAUGAUGGCUCUGCUGAAGAUAUCAAGAACAUAGACCUUUCUACUGUUCAUUACCUGAGUGGGCCGAUCAAAGUUGUGGAUGAGGAUGGUGUUGCAGCUAAACCAGGUGAUCUUCUUGCUGUUGAGAUAUGCAACUUAGGUCCUCUUCCGGGAGAUGAAUGGGGAUUCACUGGCUCAUUUGAUAGAGAGAACGGUGGAGGUUUCUUGACUGAUCAUUUCCCUUGUGCAACCAAAGCUAUUUGGUACUUUGAAGGGAUUUAUGCUUACUCUCCUCAAAUACCUGGAGUAAGGUUUCCGGGAUUAACACACCCAGGAAUCAUUGGCACAGCACCAUCAACAGAACUCCUAAGAAUUUGGAACGAAAGGGAAAGAAAUUUAGAAGAAAGUGAUCACAAGUCCUUAACACUGUGUGAGGUUGUGCAUCAGAGACCACUAGCAAACCUACCAACAACUAAAGGAUGCCUUCUAGGGCACAUUGAAAAGGGAACACAAGAGUGGGAAAGAAUUGCAUUGGAGGCUGCGAGGACAAUCCCGGGAAGAGAAAACGGAGGAAACUGUGACAUAAAAAACCUAAGCAGAGGCUCUAAAAUAUACCUUCCGGUGUUUGUCGAAGGAGCUAAUCUAAGCACUGGUGACAUGCAUUUCUCACAAGGUGAUGGUGAGAUCUCUUUCUGUGGGGCCAUUGAGAUGAGUGGAUUUCUAGAACUCAAGUGUGUUAUCAUAAGGAACGGGAUGAAAGAGUACCUUACACCAAUGGGACCAACCACUCUUCACGUAAACCCAAUCUUUGAGAUAGGUCCAGUGGAACCAAGAUUCUCAGAGUGGCUUGUCUUUGAAGGUAUCAGUGUCGAUGAGAGUGGGAGACAACAUUAUCUAGAUGCAACAGUUGCUUACAAACGGGCAGUUCUCAACGCUAUAGACUAUCUUUUCAAAUUCGGUUACUCAAAAGAACAGGCAUAUCUCUUGCUCUCAUGUUGUCCAUGUGAAGGAAGAAUAUCUGGAAUUGUUGAUUCUCCCAAUGCUGUUGCUACACUUGCGAUACCCACUGCCAUCUUUGAUCAGGAUAUUCGGCCAAAGACUCAAAAGGUUCCAGUAGGACCUCGAAUAGUGAGAAAACCAGACGUUCUAAAGAGCACAUAUGAUGGAAACCUUCUGAUUACAAAGAAUCCAAGUUCUUCGUCUUAG